UUUGUGGUGAGCCUGAAGAAACAAAAACCUUCACCAACGGUAGCUGGGUGUUUCUGUAGUUCUGAAUAACAGGCACUUCCUUUCUUGGUCAGUCUAGAGGGGGAAGAAAGACUUUCGCUCAAGUGCCCUUCCAGGAUGAUCAUGAAAAGGACACUGUUAAAACCAAUGAUGUCAAAUGGGCCGUUUUCUUUGAAACUGCACCAAAAUGAGCAAAACAGCUUUAAAAUCGUGUUUGGGCUGAUUUCAGUUGUUGGGCUCCUUGUUGUAGUAAUAACGCACUUCAUGGAACCCUCCACUAUAAUCUUUUCGGAAGAUGAAGUUGUCAGCAGUAGCUCACAAGAUAAGGAUGACCCCCAAACGGGAAGAGGCAAAGUGUCUGAGAUGGACAGCAACCGUAGAUGUCAUGAUUCAUGCAAUUUUCAGCUUGUGGAAAGCCUUCCUUGUGACAUGCCAUAUGAGCCACACAGUGGUGCUGCAAAACCCUUGUCUCAAGCAUGGAUGGAGCUCUUAAACAGGACUCAGGAAAGCAUCCAUGUGGCUUCUUACUAUUGGACUCUGACGGGAAAAGACCUAGGUAUCAAUGACACAUCAUCGAAACAGGGUGAAGAUGUUCUCAGGAAGUUUGAAAGCCUGCUCCAGGAGAACAUCUCGGUGUUUAUUGCAACAAGCAUGCCAUCUCCAGCUAACAAUUCCACUGAUCUUGCAAUCCUGGAGGGGAAAGGGGCUCACAUAAAAUGGAUUAAUUUUGGACAGCUGACCCACGGGGUCCUGCAUACCAAAUUCUGGAUCGUAGAUCGGAAACACAUCUUUCUUGGUAGUGCAAAUAUGGACUGGAGGGCCUUAACUCAGAUGAAAGAAGUCGGGCUUGUGAUCAGCAAUUGCAGCUGCUUAGCUGAUGAUCUCUGGAAGACCUUUAAAACAUACUGGGAUCUGGGAGAACCAAAUGCCACCAUCCCAUCUCCAUGGCCAAGCAAUUAUUCUACUGAGAUUAACAGGCAAAAUCCUGUAGAAGUGCAGUUCAACAGAACUGCCAUCAAAGUCUAUUUUUCUGCUUCUCCUUCUUCAUUUUGUCCAGAAGGGCGCACCAAUGACCUUGCAGCUGUCCUUGAUCUUAUCUACGGUGCAGAAGAAUUUGUAUACGUCUCCCUUAUGGAGUAUUUUCCUACAAGCCGCUUCAGACAACCACCAAGAUACUGGCCACCCAUCGACAAUGCUCUGAGAAGUGUCGCCUUCAGUCGCAACAUCCAUAUACGGCUUCUGAUCAGCUGCUGGAUCCAUACUGACCCGUCCAUGUUUCAUUACUUGGAGUCGCUGAGCGCCCUUAAUGACCCACCUGCCAACAUCACAAUAGAAGUGAAAAUCUUCAUUGUUCCAGUUGGAAAUCACACCAACAUCCCCUUUGCAAGGCUGAGUCACAGUAAAUAUAUGGUGACCAACAAUGCAGCCUACAUUGGGACCUCUAACUGGUCGGAAGAAUACUUCAGCACCACUGCAGGUGUGGGGCUGAUCGCCAAGCAAUCUUCAACAGACCCCACAAAGAGGAAUCUAAUACAGGAACAACUGAAGUCUCUUUUUGAACGAGACUGGAAUUCCAAAUAUUCAAUCAAUAUGGAAGACCUGCCAGGGCAGAAGGACUGUGCUUGGGAAGAUGGAUUUAAAAGUUUCAGAAAAAGCUAAAUUGUUUUUGUUGCUGAUGGAAAUUCAAUUAUAAUAACCUUGCUGCAUGCAGCAUUUAGGAUCUCUGUCAGGUAUUUGCCAGAUGAUAAAUGCUUUAGUCCAGGGUUUAUCAAGUUUUGACCACAGAAAGGUCUGGUUAUUACAUUACUUUGUGCAGCUUACAUUGAACAUUGUGUAUUGGAAAUUAGCUGGAAGAUGAAUUGGUCGCCCCUCUGAAUAAGGGAAAUUUGAUCCUUGUCUAUUCACAUCUUAAUAUAAGAAGUGCCUUUCUGUGGUGUGGUAUGUCUUUCAGUUUGUAUCUUUUCAUGUUGACUUCAGGCAAGCAUACCGAAAGGAAUAAAUCCCAAGAAAAUGUAAGCUAAAUUCUUCCUUCAGUUCUGAUGCACUGGAAUUGUGCAAACAGCCUGCCAAAGUGCUAAUUUGCAGCCCAGAGGUCAGGAUAGUUAUGCAACUGGUUUAAAAAGUUGUUGCACUUGCAAAAUGCCACAAGAUGGCAGUGUUGGUGAAAAUUACAGCCUGCUUGAUUUGGGUAAAUGGUUUAAAUUACAGGCUGAGAUCAUAUGCAAACUACCCACUCCUUCUUAAUCCACACUGUCUUCAAAGAGGAGAGCUGGUCUUCUGGUAGCAAGCAUGACUUGUCCCUUUAGCUAAGCAGGAUCUGCCCUGGUUGCAUAUGAAUGGGAGACUAGAAGUGUGAGCACUGGAAGAUAUUCCCCUCAGGGGAAGGAGCCACUCUGGGAAAAGCAGAAGGUUUCAAGUUCCUUCCCUGGCUUUUCCAAGAUAGGGCUGAGAGAGAUUCCUGCCUGCAACCUUGGAGAAGCCGCUACCAGUCUGUGAAGACAAUAUUGAGCUAGAUGGAUCAGUGGUCUGAUUCAGUAUAUGGCAGCUUCCUAUGUUCCUAAGGACUACAAAAUGGAGAUCUCUAAUCUGCUUGAAAAAGGCCUCUGAAACCCAGGAAGUGUUUGUAAUGUUGCCAGUUUGAGUUCUUCAUGUAAUGGUUGGGUUUGCCGCUUUCAGUAGUGCUAAUCCUUCAAAUUCAAGGUGGCUAGCAGCAACAUUAAAUCUUACAUGAACUCUGUAAGUAUAGUAACUGUUAUUUUAAACAUGGGAAACUCAGGCUAACAGCAAGUUGACCAAGGCCCACCUUGUGUAUCUGUACUGAAGGUGGGACUUGAACCCAGGUCAAAAUCCACUAAUCCAGUACUGUUGUGAACAAUUUAAGAAACCACGUCACUAGGUUUUGAUUUCUGACAAAGUGUCUUUAAUUUGGUGUAAAAGUUUGGAAGCUUGUCGCUUAAUAUAUUUCUGCAUGUUGAUCUUAAAAAGGACACCUCCCCCCACAAAAAGUAAAAACAUAACAGCAACAAUUCCUCUGUUCUCAGUCCAAGCUGAAUUUUGAGCUUCUGAACUGGUUAUUAGCCAAAAUGGGAAUUGUAUUGUGCUAUAUGUCACUUUUACUGCUAACAUUUAGAUGUGGCUAUAUGCAGAAAACAUGAAAUAUGCAUAUUGAAAUAUAUCUUGUGAUCAACUACC